AUGCCCAGCCGUAAGCGUGCUCCAAAGCGCAACCUGGUCCGCUGGUCUGAUGAUCUCGACAAAGGAGUUUUGCUUACACUUCAGUAUGCUGCUGCAGAGUCGGGCAUGAAGCUUCCAUGGGCUAGGGUGGCUGAAAUCAUGGGUCCCAGGUUUACCGAGGGCUCUAUUGUCCAACAUCUCGCCAAACUGCGCACCAUCAUGAACGCAGAGGGCCUUCCAGUGCCGCCACCUCUGCGACGUGGUAUGGUGACCAAACCCCCCUCGAAGGUGUACCCGAAUGCCGUGAGCAAGAACAAAUACGAGUCUGUUUCCCCAAUGUAUAGCGGAUCGCCAGAGCCCAUGACAAAGGACUGCUCCAUAUAUGGCCGACCAAAGAGAAACCCUAGCGAAGAUGCAGAAGAGUCUGCCAAAGGAAAGGGAAAGGCCCGGGCGAAAUUUUCUCGUCACGGUAUGAGUGAGGAAGAUGAGGACGAGGAGUCUGUUCCAGAGCUGUAUGACAGCGACGAAGACGAUUAUGUGACCAAAAAGAAGGCCCGAAAGUCCAAGGGCAAGGCGACCAAGGUCAAAGCUGAAGUGCAGGACCCUCCUUCGACGCCGAUAGGGCAGACUAUCAAGGCUGAACAGAGCGACGAGUCCAAAUUCAGCGCAAUCGCCGCCGAAGUCGUUGGGCCAGCAAGCCGUACGCGUGGUAUCAAGCGUGACUAUGCUGUUAUGGAAGCGACCCCUUCUGAAGACGAGGCGGAGAAGGUGCAGACUGCGGCCGGUGAAUAUGGAGAAGAUGGAGCAGAUGGCGAAGAUGGUGAAGAUGGAGAAGUCGCCGAUGAUGCUGAAGACGAGCUGUCGAGUGAGGAAGAGACAGAGAUCAUGGACCAAGAUGGACAGACCGCCGCUGAUGUUGCCCACCCGGAAUCCAUGAUAGACUUUACUCAGCAGUUCCCAAUGGUGGCAAACGUCCCAUACGGUCAGAUCCACAUGGUCGAUGCCCUUGCUGCCAACGUCAACAAUACAGAGGCGUCGAUGUUCCCUAACUCCGCAGGCUUGUACCAUCCCAAUUUUCUCGGGGCCUCAUUCCAGGGACUUUCGUAUGGUGGACCAUUUGGAGCUCCUGCCCAAUUCCCGUUUGGCGGAUUGCCAAUAAUGAACCCGGUCGCGCCAGCAGCAUACUAUGGUCCUAGUCUUGCAGCCAACACAGUGGUCCCUUAUGCCGAUUCGUCCUAUGGUUCAACCCGCAACAACUCAGUCGCCACUGCAAAGUCAGUGCCGUCUCUUGCAUCUCAGUCUGAUAUCGAGGCAAGUCUCAGCGGGACAGCCAGCAACGAUCUUGCCGGAUCCAAUCGCCAGGUCCAAUCAUCUGACGCCACUGGUAACUUUGACAUGGCUGCCAGCAUGCCAUCGGAAGACAUGGCUUGGAACGACAACCUUGGUACCGGAUGGCUUCAGGACGAUUUCUGA